UGAGAACACAAUAACAUAACAACAGAACAAGUUCCGCAGACCAAAGCAGCAGCAUCACCCCAGUACACUAAAAGCGACACAAUGAACCGCUUUCAACACCUGCUUUAUGUGUGCGGCAUCGCAAUGAUUGCGUGCAGCACGACAGCUUAUGCUUCGUAUGGUUCACAAGGAUCGGCUGGCGGUUAUGGUAGCGGCGGUGCUAUCGGUGGAGGCGCUGGUGGAAUCGGUGGAGGCGCUGCCGGUGUCAGUGGUGAUGCACUGAGUGGCAUAAUUCAGGGCAUUGGCUCGGGUUCAAUCCAAGGUGAUGGCAACGGUGUACCCAGCCCAUGCGGUAAAAUCUUGCCCGCCCAAAGCAUUCCCUACUCGUUAGGUCAACGCGCCAAUACGGUCAGCUCUUCGAUCACCUACCCACAAAACAAGGGUGAAAUCCUUAUCCAUCGUCCAGCUGCAAUCAUUGUCAAACGCCCACCCACCAAGGUGUUGGUCAAUCAUCCUCCACUAGUUGUGAAACCCGCACCAGUUGUAUUGCACAAACCCCCAGCAGUCGUAUUGCGCAAAGUCUAUGUUAAGCAUCACCCACGUCCCGUUAAGGUCGAGCCUGUGUACGUUAACGUUGUCAAGCCACCAGCAGAGAAAUACUUUGUUAAUGAGAAGCAACAAGCCGCUUACAGCAGCGGUGGUUAUGGUGCUAGUUCCGGUGCUGGAGCUGGUGCAGGAGCUGGUGGUAAUGCUGGCGCCUCUAAUGCUGAGGCCGCUGGUUACCAACUGUUACAAGGUAGCCAAGGAUUAGCCGCUUUGGCCAAUAUCGCCAAUGGCGGACAAGGCGCCUAUGAUGGUGGUAAUGCCGGACAAGAUGCUUAUGGCGCUAGUGCCGCCCCACAAGGUGGAUACAAUGCCGGUAGCUCAGCACAAGGCGGCUAUGCUGCAGCAGCUCCUCAAUACUAAAAUUCCAGUUCAUAGAGAAUUUAUUGAGGUUAUUACCUAAACUUUAGGAUAAGGAGUUAAUGCAGAAA